AUGUCGAGGUCGAGACCCACCAGCGGGGCCUUGAUGCCCGGCGCCGUCAUCUUGACACCACCCACUCUCUCGGAGAUUCUCUCUAAUACCUCAACGCCGCCAUGGACAUUGGCAGCCUUUAUGGCAUACCUUUCUCAGAACCAUUGCCUGGAAACCCUGGAAUUCACUAUGGACGCCGACAGAUACCGCAAGGCAUACGAGCAGAUCAUCACCAACCAGGAAUGGAAUGGCGAUGGUAAAGAGUAUGUCUGCUCAUUGUGGGAGAAGCUUAUGCAAGCAUACAUCAUUCCAUACGCACCGCGGGAGGUGAACCUUCCUUCACCUGUGCGGAAUCAUCUCACGAACCUGGACUGCUCCUCAGCCCCUCCUCCUCCAAGCGAACUCAACGACGCCGUCAGAAUUGUCUACGAGCUCAUGAACGAUUCUGUACUUGUUCCUUUCAUCGAGUCUGUCCAGCCGGGCCAUGGCGAUUGCCGUGUGGCGGAGGACGAAGGGCGACCUGGUCGCCUGCGCCUUCGGGCUGAGGGUGCCGGGGCUAGGUCAGACGAGCCCGUGAAGUCUCCCAAGUUCCUACCCCAGCUGACUCUAGGUCGCAGUGGUGCCACAAGUCGAUCGGCUUCUGCGUCGGACGAACCCAAUGAACGCGAGGGGUUGACAGACGACAGUGGAAGUGCCGUUUCUCCUGGCACUGAGCCAAUGACUCCUCCCACUACUCCGCCCACUUCAGACUGGACUUUCAGCACUUCUCCAGGUGGACUUCAGCGAGCAUUGACCGCACACAACAACGGGUGGAAGAAGGUUGGCGCCAAGCUGGGUCUCCAUCGCAAAUCACGCCCUAACCGACGAAACAACCCGACGUCAUCUGCUCCAGUCAACGAUGGGGACGUCACCAUGGCUGAAGCCAGCCAGAGCAACCCUUUAUAG